AUGGCUGUCCGGCAUACAGAUACUGGUAAGUCUAUCAAAGAUGAAAUUACCAAAGAAAUCUGUGAUGCUAAAAUUGAAGUCAUGGCUUUAGACCUUAGCUCAAUGGCUUCAGUAAGGAAAUUCGCAGCAGAAUAUAAGGCCACUGGACAGCCCCUUAACAUUCUUAUAAACAAUGCUGGAGUCUGGUCUUCCAAAUUUACGCUUUCAAAGGAUGGCAUUGAACUUGAUUUCGCCGGCAAUCAUUUAGGACAUUUUCUUUUGACAAAUCUACUGCCUGAUGAGGAAAGAGUGCCAAUUACCGUUAACUCGCUUCAUCCAGGAAACAUUGCUACAAACCUAAUGCGCGAAAAUCGCUUGCUCAUGGGCAUAGGUAAACUGUUUCUUGGACUGUUCUUGAAGAGUAUUCAACAGGGGGCCACAACUACGUGCUAUGUGGCAUUGCAUCCACAAGUGAAGGGAAUAAGCGGAGAGUACUUUGCAGAUUGCAACUUAUCCAUAGCAAGUGAUCUAGCACUAAACAUAGAAUUGGCCCAAGAAGUUGUGGAAUUUCAGCCUCAACUUGACUACUCCCAAAUUCUAGAAUGGCGAGAAUCUUGUGCUUCGGUGAACUGUUUCGGCUUCAAUGGAAUCCCAAGAAUGGAAUAA